UGUCAAAGCGUGAAUAUGGCGUUACCAUGCACUCUUUCAGCACUGCUUCCAGUGCAAAGCCAACUUGAUUAUGCUUUGAUGGAUGCUAAUAGCAAUGAGGAUAAAGAAAACUUAAUUUAUCAGUAUCUGACGAAGGUAGACAACAGGCAGAAUGAUCGAACAGUUCCUGAGUUUGCAGCAGAUCUGGAGUGGCUGAAUACUGAGAGCUCCCUAACAAUAUUCAAAGACCUCUGUGGAAAAGUUGUGGUACUGGACUUUUUUACUUAUUGCUGUAUCAACUGCAUGCAUGUGCUGCCGGACCUUCACGAGCUGGAACAGAAGUACUCCGAUAAAGAUGGUCUUGUUGUUAUUGGAGUUCAUUCUGCCAAAUUCCCAAAUGAAAAGGUCCUUGACAACAUCCGGAGUGCUGUAUUACGCUAUAAUAUCACCCAUCCUGUAGUAAAUGACGCUAAUGCAAAACUCUGGCAUGAGUUGGACGUGUCCUGCUGGCCAACCCUGGUCAUCCUUGGUCCACGUGGAAACCUGCUUUUUUCUCUGGUUGGAGAGGGGCAUAAAGAAAAACUGCUUUUAUUUACUUCUGUUGCUUUACAGUUUUACAAGGAGAGAGGAGACAUCAAAGAUAACUGCAUCACGGUGAAAUUGUACAAGGAUUCCUUGCCUGCUUCACCUUUGUUGUUUCCUGGGAAAAUAGCUGUGGACAGUUCUAGUGACAAACUAGUGAUAUCAGACAGUGGCCAUCACAGGAUUUUGGUAGUCAAAAACACCGGGCAGAUCCUUCAUGUCAUAGGAGGUCCCAACAGUGGAUGCAGAGAUGGAAACUUUUCUGAAGCAGCCUUCAACUCGCCUCAGGGAGUGGUCUUAAAGAACGAUGUUGUGUAUGUUGCAGACACAGAAAACCACUUGAUCAGAAAGAUUGAUCUGAAGGAGGAGAAAGUGGUUACGGUGGCAGGCAUUGGAAUCCAAGGUAGCGAUAAGGAAGGAGGUGCAGAGGGUUUACUACAGCCGAUCAACUCUCCAUGGGAUCUGGCUAUUGGCAGUUCAGAGGAUUGUGCAGACAGCGUUUUGUGGAUAGCAAUGGCAGGAUCGCACCAGAUAUGGGCUCUCAUGCUACAAGACGCAAAGCUUCCCAAAGGAAGCAGUGAACUGAAGAAAGGAACUUGCAUUCGAUUUGCUGGAUGUGGAAAUGAAGAAAACCGAAAUAAUGCUUAUCCUCAUAAGGCAGGUUUUGCCCAGCCUUCUGGUAUAACUUUAGCUGAAGAGGAGCCCUGGAAGUGCCUGUUCGUAGCAGACAGUGAAAGCAGCACUGUGAGGACACUCUCCCUGAAAGAUGGAGCUGUGAGACACCUCAUUGGAGGAGAGAGAGACCCAAUGAAUUUGUUUGCAUAUGGUGACAUGGAUGGCUCAGGAUUCAGUGCAAAGCUGCAACAUCCUCUUGGAGUAGCUUGGAAUAAUCAAACAAACCUCCUUUAUGUGGUGGAUUCUUAUAACCAUAAGAUUAAAGUAGUCAAUCCUAAAACAAAACACUGUACUACAUUGGCAGGGACAGGUCAUGCUGGCAAUGUGAUUGGCCCUCGUUUUCUGCAGUCAUCUUUUAAUGAGCCUGGGGGCCUUUGUCUUGGAGACAACGGAAGAACGCUAUAUAUAGCUGACACCAACAAUCACCAAAUAAAAGUGUUGGAUAUUGAGACACAGUCUGUGUCUGUGCUUCCAGUCAUGUUUUCAAAUACGUCUGAUGUCGUUGACAGCCCAUAUGUCCCCAGGAAGACAAAUCAGAUGCCUGUUUUGCCCAAGUCUGCACCUACUGUAGUGAUGUCUCCAUGGGCUGUAUGCCCCGGGCAAGCUCUUGAUUUUCAGCUAAGACUGAUCUUUCCUUCAGGAACAAAGCUAACAGAGGGAGCACCCAGUUUCUGGUACCUCUCAGUGGAAGGUCAUGAAUGGCUUUUGCAAGGGCAGAAUACAAGUGGUCAGAUCUUGGACCUUUCUACUCAACCAUCGAUAAGCCUUCAUAUUCCUCUCAACUGUCCCGCCCUUGACCCUGUAUUGCAGAUCGCUGUGUUCCUGUACUACUGUAGCAGUGAAAGCAAUGCCUGCACAAUGAAGGCAGUAUUGUUUCAGCAACCUUUGCAAAUAAGUGAUGCAAAAGAAGCAGAGGUUGCCAAGGUGGAGUUAACCUACUGCUUCUAGUCAGCAUACCAACGUUCCACAGUGCAACUUUCUGUGAUUUGCUGCUUUGCUGUGCUGACUUUGUUCACUUGAAGGACUGCAGUGUCUUCUCUUUAAGUCAUACUGGAAUCACUAAAUUUUACAUAUAAGAAGAGACUUUUGUGCUCUGUUUGCAAACAGAGACUAACCCUGAGCUGAACAUAUACUUGUCUUGUUAUCUUGUAACAUCACAGCAUCAUAGAUUCAUACAUGCACACACACGCGCACACACACACACACACACACACACACACACACACA